UCUGAACAUGUCAAGGCUGACAGAAGAAAGGUGCAAAAGAAUGAAUGAAAUUAUUAAAGGAAUGAAAGUUGUGAAGAUCUUCACCUGGGAAUUCAUAUUUAGUGAAUUGAUCAAUAGCAUAAGAAGGUAAGAUGUAGAAUAAGACUACAAAAUACUUGGGUGAAUGAAUUGAGAAAAAAUUUUUUCAGUCUGUCAUGGAAAAUAAGCAUGCACAGCUGUAAGCCUUUUCUGUAGAAGUUAUAUAAAAACAUUUCAUAGCAAUGAAGCCUGGUUACUUAAGCAUAGUUUGGCCAAGCCUGCUAUAGCGUGUUGUGGUGAUCAUAUGAGUUUGCGUUAUCUUUGAGUAUGCAACUGUUAUACACCGAAAGUAGUGCGCUGUGCCAGGUGCAUAAUACAGGGGACCUUAAACCAUGGCAACGCCAAAAAACAAACAAAAAAAUAAGGUUCAAAAAUGCAGGUUCAACUUUUUUGCCGUUUUUCCAACUCUUUCAGUCAUUUAGAAAUUGGGAAAUUAAGUUGCAACUGAAGAGAGGGGACUGCGUAAUUAAUGGAGCUUAUAAUUUAUGUACAGUAAAGCUAGUUUAUCGUCUUGCUGUUCACAUUCUCAAGGAAUCUAAAAUUUGAUUUGUUCAGGUUGUAGUAGUGCAGAGUAUGGUAAAGAAAUGUAUUUAUUCUUAAUGUAAAUCACAAUGGUUUAAGUGGGGUUUUAAUUAAUGCUCUCUUUUGUAUAAAUGUAUAAGUCUGCACCAUAUCAGGUGGGUUUGUAAGCUGUAAAUGUAUGGACAUUUUCUCUGAUGCUUACUGAUUUGAUGCUUACUGUUGUCUCAUCUAGACUUGAAAUGUCAAGGAUACACAAGACCCAGUGUUUACAGGCAUUUAAUAUGGCAACUGGGUUUGUUUCUCAAAGUAUCAUAACUUGUGCAAUGUUUAUCACUUAUGUGUUACUGGGUAACCCCCUUAAUGCUGCCAAAGUGUUCAGCUCAGUUGCCAUGGUUACUGUUCUGCAGAGGUCUUUGGCAAGACACUUUCUUUCUGCUGUGCAGAAAUUAAAUCAAGCCAGGAAAACAGCAACAAAAAUCCAGGUAAUCAUGUUUUCCUUGUUCAUAGAAGAUGUUACUUGAACAGGGAGUGGGGACGAGUGCAGUAAUGGGAAAAUGAAAAAUGGGAACAAAAGUGAACUUGAACGCUAAUCAGACUAGCCCUAUUAGUUGGCUUCAUUUCCAAUACUCUGUUUUGUUCUCAUUUCUCAUUUCUCUGUUCCCGGUGCUUGUUCCCCACUCCCGGUUUGCUGUUUUAGUGACAUUUGUUCAUGUAGCAGGAAGAUAAGCAUAAAUGGAAAAACAUAAUACUUGAUUUAAAGUUUACGUACUGGUAUAUGAUAAGUACAAUACAGAGUGUUUACUGCCGGCCUUGCUAAUGUUGUUAUAAUGUAAAACUGACGUUAUGACAUACAGUUGCAACAAGAAUUAAUAAGCUCACCUUAUGAGAUGACCCUAUUUGAUGUCUUUCUUUUUUGUUUUAAUUUAUUUUCAAGACAUUUCUGAAGCUGGAUGAGUUAAACUUUGAAAACAUAAAGCAUAGAUCCACUCCCAGGCCGGGACAUUCCAGUGUGGCGGUUAGCAACAUUACAUGCACGUGGAAUAAUCAGGUAUGGUAAUUGCUUGCUUCUGCCACCCUGACUUGUAGAUUCCUUUUGUAUAUGUUUUCUCCCAGUCUGCGUUUUGAUGUUCAAUCAAAUCUCUUUGAACACAAACAGCCAUUGGGACUUACACUUAGUAUGUACUGCCCUGAGUCAAGGAAAGAAUUUGUACUGUAAAAUAAAAAUAAUAAUAUUUUUUUCUUUACUAGCUGAGCUUUUAUCAGUCAACAUUGCAAAAUAAUUGCUCAAUAAUAACUGUUGAACAAGCUAAGUGCAUCAUAGAUGUGUAAUUAUGUCGAUGAUCCCUCAUAAUUAUGACCAUAAUAGACUACGAGCAGUCUCUCUUUUUUCUUGGUCCUUCAAGCAAAACGUGCGAGACACGCAAAUGUCCAGGCGCGUGACUAAAGGCGCGAGAUUGGAGAGGCAGGCUGCCGCCCUCGCUUCUCGCCUCUUGCGGCUUUGCCGCUCAACGCUCGCGCUCGCGUGCACUCCCCUCACUGAAUCUGAAGAAAAAGAGAGACUGCUCGCAGUCUAUGACCAUAAUGACCAGAUUUUUAUCAGGGAAUUGCGCUUAUACAUAUGAUGCAAUUUUUGUGGACUUACAGAAAAGUAUCCAGGGGCAUCUUUAGUUCUAGCUUUUACAUCACCAUUAUCAGUAAGCAGUAGCGUAUAACCAAAAAAAUAAAAUCUUUUUUCUUUGCGAAGAAUGAACUCAGUUUUUAUUCUCCUUUCCACUUGAAAGGAGCAAAUAUUUCUUGCUCUCAGUGUCACCUUCCUGUUUUCCUUGCAGGAGAGUAUUGGUAAAGCUACUUUACAAGACAUUAGCUUUGAAGUAAAGCAGGUACAAAUAAUUUUUCUAUUUAAAAGCACUUCCUUGUCAGUUUUCUUCCAUAAAAUUACAUAUUAUUUAUUUGAGGUAAUGGUGUGUGUACUAUGCAGCUAGGUUCAGUAUUAAUUGUUUGUUUUCAGGGAGACCUGUGCAUGAUUGUAGGCCCAGUUGGCUCUGGAAAGGUGAGAAAUAAAAACUUAUUUGGAUUACAUGUAUCACCAAAGACUACUUAUUUGUUGUUUCAAUAUUAUUGUUGCCAGAUAUUCAUUCUAGCAGCUAUUAUGAGCUGGGCAGUGCCGUUUGUUGCUUCAACUUCUGGAGGCACAUAUAACUCUGGGCUGCAGGCGACCUUAGUAGAUUAAAAUGAGCACUAAAGUAGUUUAAAUAGAAGUUAUAAUAUGCCGGUUUUAAAAAUAUUGUUGUGUAUUGAGACACAACAGUCCCUCAUCAGGACGAAAAACGCCCAACUGUCACAGUUGUUGUCAAGGCCCAUGAGUUAUGUAAUUGCAGAAUAUUUAAGAUAACUGUCUGGGUAUCCUCCUUUGUUAACGACUAGUUGGGAACACAACUAUAAUAGUUUACGUAUUCUUGUAAACAGUAGUCCUUAUAAUUUGUGAACAAUUUUCUUAGUUUUAGUUAAUUUUCUAAUGUGUAUAUGUAAGUUUAUGUUUUAUUCUGUAACUCUUGUGGAUCAGUUUGGGUAUACACUGUUAUUAAGAAGAUAAAACGAUUUUGGUGAUUUAUAUGUUCUGUUUUUAGUCGUCAUUAUUGAUGAUGCUGCUGGGUGAAAUGCGGGUUAUUGAAGGUCACCUGUGUAUCAGAGGAAAGAUUGGGUUUGUACCACAGCAGGCCUGGAUCUUCUCUGGUUCAGUGAGACAGAAUAUUAUAUUUGGGCAAACGUUUGAGGAAGACAGAUAUCAUAAAGUGAUCAGGGCAUGCGCCUUAGAACAGGUAAACUAAUUUGAUGUUUACUUAUACUUAUCUGGUUCUUGUGGGACGUAAAACAACCCACACCACUGUUCGAAAAGAGUAGGGGACGUAGACCCCGGUGAUGUGGUCAACCUACACACAUCACAUCAUUCACAUCAUGGGCUGGGUGGGUACAGUAAGCUCAUAAAUGGACUGAGAGCGGCUGCCAGUUGCGCCUUUGUGUGCUGACGUCCGAGCUUACUGUUCACAUGUUAAAAUAUAUUGUAAGAGGGCACGCCCAUUGUCCUCUCAUCCACGACUCUUCAUUCAUUCAUUCAAAUAUUUGCUCACCUUUGCAUAUUGCCAGAUUCAUUUUAGCACCAUCGAAAUGUCAGAUUCUUGUCCAACAUCCAUUUCUUCAGAUUAUUUCAUUAUCUGGUACUCUGAGUCUACUAGGUUUUAAGUGAAACUUAAACAAAUCUUUAUGCAUUGAAUGGGGACAAACCUAAUCAGCAAGUCAGAACUAAUAGCUGUGUUCUAUAUUACUCAUGACAGAGGCAACGAGGUUAGGUCUUCUUAACUUUUUUAAAAAGUGUUGUUUUUAUCCCACAAUUUUUCAACAGGCCUCAUUGUAACCUGUUCCAGGGUCUCGCGCCUUUUUAUACACGCUGGUCGUUUUUUCCCACUAGUUCCGUGACCAACGUGGAGCCUGGAACAAGUUAACCACAUUGCGACAUUGUAAAUAAGGCUACACACGUGGGCGCCAUCAUUUCGUUCUAAGAGACCGUUCCAUAAGCGUCACUCUGAAGUCAUCGGGAAAAUAUCUAUUUUGUGGACGUGAGGUGGUUUCUUUAAGUCUCCUUACUAAUAGAAUAGCUGUAAACAUAGUAAAAAAUCUUUAAAUAAGGCAAAUAAAUGAUGAUGAUGACGACGACGCCGACGACAACGACGAUGAUGUUGUUGAUGAUGGAUGGCGUAUCGUAAAACGAGGACUGCACCACUGGACUUGUACAGCGCGGACUAGGAUUGAGUAUGACAUUAGCUGUGUUUUUUGUUUUCUAUUCAGGAUGUUGAGUUACUACCGGAGGGAGACUGGACAUUAAUAGGAGAGAAAGGUAUUGAACUCAGUGACGGUCAAAAAGCAAGACUUUGUUUAGCGAGGUAUGUUAAAUGCUUGGCUUAAAAAUUUUAAUAGGUCACUUCACAGUAAAGAAUGAAAUUUAUCAGUUUGACCGAAGAGAUCUUAAGGAUAAUGAAUUGACCAAAAAAUUUAAGAUUUAUGUGUGUUUGACACUACUAAAUGUAACAUUUAUUGCUCUAAUAGAAACAUUUGAAAAAGACAACGUCCUUGUCCUCAUGAAAUCACUUUACCUUCGUUCCCCUUAAUCCGUAAGAGGGGUGUAGGUACCAAUAACCUGUUUUGAACUUUGCAACUCGCAAGAUGAAUGUCAAAUUGAUUUUUGUUUUCAGGGCAGUUUAUUACAAAGCAGAUAUUUAUAUUCUUGAUGAUCCACUUAGUGCUGUAGAUGUCCGGGUAGGAAGGAAGCUUUUUGAUCAGUAAGUACAUAGUAAUGUUCGUCUGCACUGCAGUUGAGUCAAUCCAACGUCAUUUGAAGACUUUUAAAAGUUGUACUUUGAAUUUAUGAAAUAUAGAGAAAAGAUCUUUUCAUUACCCAAUUGACUUAAAAUCUCCAGGAAUUUUUCUCAGCAAGGUACGCUAACCAAAUCUGAAGAAUUUACGUCAUUUACCAAAUAUUUUAUAUUAUUAUUAUUAGUAGUAGUAGUAUUCUAUUAUUGUACAAAUUAUGCAAUAAAAAAUUACCGUACAGAAGCAUGGAUAAAAGUUAUUACAAAUUCAUUGAUAAAAAUCUAUUUUUAAAAAAGUAUUAAAAAUAUUAGGCUUGGGUUAAAAAUGUUCUCAAUGCUCAAAAUAAUAAUAAUAAUAAUAAUAAUAAUAAUAAUAACAAUAAAUAGAUAAAGCGUUUCUACUUUAUCUUUCCAAUCACAGUUGCGAUUUAGGCCCCGCUAAAAUCAGUGUUCAACUCAUAUUUGGUUGUUCUGUAGCCUUUUACACAUAACACUGCUUAUCUUAAUAAGUAUUGCUCACAACCAAUGAAUUCCAAUGCUAUAGUCCGUCUUUUUCUUUUGGGAUCGCUUCACGGCUAGUUCAGUAAGAAAUCACUCGGCUUCUCUACUAUUUCCUCCAUAUGGUGAGAACACGAGAGGGCUGAAGGAGCCAUGCUCGACUUCAAUAAUUCGGUGGUUGUAGUGUCGCCUUUUAGUCGUGUCAAGUUUUUGGUUUAGGUGGCUCUUUGUGAAAGGGUCAAACAUCCAGACAUCGAAAAAUGUCCGUUGCUCGUUUUGCCAAAAACUGCUCGCACUGACAUCUAAACGAGCUUCAUCAGAGGAAAUGGCACUGCCGGCAAAAACUUCUCCUGUCAAGGUCCGAAGGUGUGGUUCGACCUCAGCACCAUGGCAUACGUCCUAGAGAAGAGGUGCCAACAGGUCUCCCACUUUGCCGUGCCUCCGUUCCACUUUUCAUACACGACAUUGCAUGAUCAACGUCGAAUCUCUUGCAGCAAGGAUAUGUAGAAGGGAGGUUCUUCGGUGUCCAACAGUACCUAAGGCUGAGCGCUUCGUAGAAUUCACUUUUGUUCAGGUCGAGAAUUUCUGACUUUAAUGGCAAUGUUGUUAACUAACUCGAGGCACCCUUCAUCCUUGCCAGGUCUUUUGCCUUCAGUUAUUUUGGACUUAUCUUCUCGCGGAGCUGCUGUAGGAUGGUGUUAUUCAGUUCUUCUCUGGUAUUGGCAAUCCCUUUCUUGAGGUCUUGAGUUGUUCACUAUUCAUUGGUGCUGUGCUGUCUUGAUUGUUUCUAAGUUCAAACAGGUGUUCAGUAGCUGCGCGGGAGUUGGCAAACUCAAGAUCAGCAACGGCCGAGAGGACAGAUGUUGCCAAACUACCUUUCUUUACUGGCAAGGAGAGCAGAACUCGUUCGUCCGUGGAGCCAGCAUAUUUGGCCAUCUGUAAUUGCGAGGUAAAUUAAUUAUCCACAAUUGCAUCCAGUCGCAACAGGUGUUGCUUGAUGUGGGGCAUUGUUCUGAUGUAAUACGCCAGUUUAAGUGUGAACCGCUCACAAAUACUGCGUAAGCUGUUUACAGUUCUGUCUUUGCUAUCUUUGACAGGACUUUCAGUUGGUUACACCACGAGCUUACCAAUUCCUCAGCGUAUUUGCCACAUCCACUUUCACUUCCAAUGUAGCCAACAAGAUCCUUUCUCGCAUCUGUGGCGAUGUUAAUGUUGGUUCUUCCAAAGAUUUCUCGUGCUUUCUCCUCUGAUGUUGGCUUUAGGACCAGCCACGACUUUGACGCGUUUGGGUUAUGUCCCAACAUUAGGACCCCACGGAUCAAUGGUAUCCCACCAGCGUCGCAGUUCUAGCAGUUCACCUGCAAAGGCUACAUGUUUCAUUGUUAUGUCUUCUGGAGUUUUAGGUUUGAUUAUCUUCAACAGGGGUAUUAUACCAAUAGCAUAUACUGGCAUUGUUGGGGGGGCUCCCGCGCCCUUUGUGGUCCCUUCUGAUGAUGAAAUUCAGUUGCUCCAAGUACAAAUAGGCGUGAUGACACACUGUAUAAAUAGCCACGCAUUGGUGGGCAUAAAUACCUGAUAUUGUGGAGGAUCGGAGGACCAUUCGGUCUGCAUCCGCCAGGAGCAUAGCAUUGGUAGACUCUUCAUCAAAGAUCAUGAUUUCUAACUUAAUGACUGAAAGUAUGGCUUUCCCAACAAUCCUCUGCCGUACCUCACCGACUCCAAUAGGUCUUACAGCUGGGUUCUUAUCUUAAGGCGGAAUCAGCUGGCAAUUAAGCUGUACAAGCUUCCAGAUUUGUGUAUGUUUUGUUAUUUUCAAGAGUGCUAAUCCUUGCAAACGUGACUAAUGCACCAGCAGCCAACAGCUCUAAAUUUCUUCGACUCGAAGAUUCUCCUCACCCAUCUGCAUCGCAUCUAUGCCAGGGGGCCCAUUAGACCCCCUUAAACGUAAGGCUGCAUUUACAAGUAAUAGAUUCCUUUAUAUUUUGAAACAUAACAGGGUCGACAAAUGGUGGUUGGCCAUCUAUUAACAGUGAUGGAUCGGCUUCGCUUGCCUCUAGGUGUGUCCGUUUCAGCUCAGUUAUAGCGCCUCCCAUGGUUGGGAAACCGGUGUUUCCCCGGCUAAUUCUUCACUACCAGCUCGAAAGGACCAAAUAUUGAAGAUUUGGAAUAAUUUUGAAACCAAUAAUGCGAAGGCGAAAGGGUAAAAAAAUUAGCGUGAAUACAAGAAGAUAGCACUAAAGGAUGGCAGCUGCUUUUUGAGGGAUAUCUGCUACAACAAUUAUCCGCUCACCUCCUGAAACAGCCGAGAAAAUGGCACGUUUUUAAAAAAUUCUAGAUAGGAGUGAGGAAGUUUUAUUGAGAUUGGAAAUAUUUGGAGUGAAUAGUAAAACAGUUUUGAAAGGUUGACGUGUACCACUUUUCUUCAGUCAUAAAAGGAAAUUGCCGAAUUCCUAACUGAAGAAAAUUGCAAUAAGACAAAAAGUCUGCAUUUUGCUUUUAACACACUCAGCAUCCACUUAGGCAGUUGACCUCCUAUCAACAUAGCUAAUUAAGCCCCCGUCCACACGUAUCCGUUUAAAAAGGAAUUUUUUGCCGUUUUCAACACAAUUUGUGUUCUCAUGUAUCCGUAUUCGAAUCGUUUUCGCCCGUCCGCACGUAAUCGUUUCUGUUUAAAAUGGAUGUUUUUAUACAGAUUGACCCUGAAUCAUCAAAACUCUCUCUGCCUCUCUCUGUUCCUCUGAAAAUUGUCACUCCAAGCACUUGUGCCUAGUGUUCUAACUCGGAACCUCCGAAGUCUUGCUUGUGGAUCUCUUUUCGGUCGUUGAACGUUAAGAAUUUCAAGGCUUGCAAAAAGUAGCUCAAUUAAUAAAUAUAAGUCGUAUUCUGAUAGAGUAAGCUUCAACAUGUUACCCGGAAGAAAAAGUUAACAUAAAAUAUGCUGCAAGUCCGAUUUCCCUUGUCUCCCUAACAUUCAGUUGAUUAUCUCUCGACAGAUGCAUCAAUGGACUCAUCCGAGAUUGCCCAAGAAUUCUUGUCACUCGUCAACUUCAAUAUCUUCGCAACGCCUCUGAAAUUUUAUUUAUUGAUCAAGUAGGUACAAAAUGCCAGCUUUUCUCUUUUUUCUAUACCUUUUUUUCGAGACAAAUGAAUGCAGAAGGUUUUAAUUUUUUUCACGAGACGAACUUUAAACUUCUCAGUUUACUUAUUGUUGAAUUUCAAGAAGAAAAACGUAAAAACAAAAAACAUCGUAACAAAAUUUGUGGUUCGAAGUCAACCGUCCUUAAAUUUUCAUAGGUCGUGAAAAGUAACUAAGUGAACACUGUUGUCAUUUCACGACUGUUCUUAUCGUAACUAUUCAUUGCACUUGCUCUUUAAGGGGACUAUUCAUAGCCGAGGAAGCUACACGGACCUGGCUAAUUCAGGUAUAGACUUGGUAUCUCUGCUUAGACCCAGAGACAGCAGUAAGAAUGAUGAUGAUGAUGAUACUGACAGUGCUAUUGAUGAGGACUCAGAGCCGGCUCAGACUCCUCAUCUGCCUGGCGUUAUAUUAAGGAAAGGAAAAUGGGCUAAAGGUAUCAAAGCCGUGAAUCGCUGGAGUACAACAUCUUCCAUUGACAUAGAAGCAGAUUUUGAAGCCAUGGCUAACAAGGUACUAUCUCAUAACACGUUUGCACGCUUACUGAUGGCCGUCGAUAAAACCCGGAACACGGAACAUUCCGGAACAUUCCGGAACAUUCCGGAACAUCCCGGAACAUGAAAAAGUAAAAAUAAUUUUCACGAAAAAAAAAAAAUAUAUAUAAUAAUAAUAACAUAAUUUUUGUAAAAAUUAAUAAGAACGUAGAAUAACAAAAAAAAAAAACGAAAAAGAAUGAAAUAAUCAAGAAAAAGAAACUGGUAUCCUCUCUGAGUAUGAGAAAACAAUAUUUUGUCGCAACAAAUUAAAAUUUGUUGGGUGAGGGUUCAUGCAAUUGACAGUAAUGAGUGAAGGCUUGCUUCUUCUUCUUCUUCUUCUUUGCGGGGAGACGACUAAAAAAAAGGUUGACUGAUAACAGUUAGGAACUACGGCUGCGCUACCACUGCCACUGCAACUAUUCACGGCGAAUGUGAAUCUUUAAUGUAAUUAUCCAAGUCCAAAGCGACGAGCCCCUAAGCUCUUCUUACGGUCGCAAAGCCGUAAAUUGAUAACCGUUAAACGGCAUGGCAAACAUUUACAAGAGGCGGCUGUGUCAGGAAAGCUUGAAAACCCCCUCCUCGCGACCCAUUUUAAUAUAUUUUGAAUUUAGAAGCAAGCGUUUACUCAUUACUGUCAUUUGAAUGGACCCUCACUCGCCCAAAAAAUUCAUUGCGACAAAAUAUUGUUUUCUCAUACUCGGAGAUGAUACCAGUUUCUUUUUCUUUCUUUCUUUCUUUGUUUGUUUCAUUAUUUUUCGUUUUUAUGUUAUGUUAUGUUAUUUAUUUUGUUAUUGUUAAUUUUUGCAAAAAUUGUUUUCUAUCUAUUGUUCUUUUUAUUAUUUAUUAUUAUUAUUAUUAUUAUUACUAUUCUUAUUAUUUAUUUAAUUAAUUAAUUUUUUUUUCAUAAAAAAAUAUUUUAAUUUUUUCAUGUUCCGGGAUGUUCCGGAAUGUUCCGGGAUGUUCCAUGUUCCUGGUUUUAUUGACGCCCCUUACUGAUAGUGUUGUUCUUAUUCUGUGGAUCACACUUCUCAUGCAUGCAACAUCAAAAAAAUGAAUUUUACAGCUAAACGUGAAGGAUUCUCUUGAAAGUUCAAAGCUGUGGUGUGAUGUGUUUCCAUUUCUACUGUGGCCAUAACUUUUCAUAUUAAAUUUCUCUUACAAAGUUUUCAUUUCAUGGAGUCCACUAAUUUAGAUUCCUUCGAGACACUGAAAAGCAGAAACAACUUUGAACCACACCUCAGGGGUCACGCUACCAAGGACCGGUCAUUAGAAUAUUACUUGUUAGCAUAGUGGACAAGAUAAAUCGGUUAUCGCAGAGAGAUGAAAGGCUAGCUGUUCGAUCGCUAGCACCUUGUCAAAGCAAAUCAAGGAUUCAUGCUUUGGUCAGGAUUUUUAUGUUGGUUGUUUUUAAGCUAGCUUGCGCACGCGCGAGCAGGUUCUCCCGCCUCUCGCACUCACGCCUCCUUUCGCGUGCUGCUCUCGCGUGACUUUUCCGGACUUUACCAAAUGGAGAGCAUGGUCGCACUAAGCUAGAUUUGAGCUGUUACGACGCCAGAAAGAUCAGCCGUUGAAACGUCAGCAUUUCGUUCAAUAUUUUUAAAUCUCUGAAUUUGCAUUUUCAGCUCAUUCGCUUCCCCUCGAAACAUGAUACAGUUGCUCACUGUACCUUAUUAUUAUGUAUACAGUUACGAUCCGUUUUCAGUUUUUUGUUUCCUUUUUUUGUCAGGCAAAGGAGAAGCCGCAAGUGAAACAUGUUGAGAGGCCGCGAGGAAACAUUCCUUUCCGACUUUAUCUCAGUUAUUUCAAGGCGGGAGGAAAUUGCCUGACUUUAUUUCUUGUCUUAAUUUUUGGUGUUGGUGCUCAGGUAAACAUAACACAUUUAUUUUUCUCCCUUCCCAAUACAUACAUACAUACAUACAUACUUUAUUGAGACUCCCUUCAACAGAGCUUUUCAGUCACAGUGUUAAUUUUUACAUAAUACUGGUAAUUAAGAAAAGAAAAGAAAAGAAAACUUAUUUACAGUAGUUCAAUUAAAGUCAAAAUACAUUCAAAAUUAUUCAAAAUAUAUUCAAAAUUAUUUCGUAUGAAAUAUCUGAUUAAAAAGUCUCCGCUUCAAACUAUCAAUAUCUUUAGUGUUCUUAAUAUUGUCAGGUAGCCCAUUCCAUUCCUUUGGACCCCGAAAAUAAAAUGCCCUUUGUCCCAUUGAUAGUCUACAUCGGGGGACCACAAAAUUGUUACCCCGCCUUGCUUCAUUCUUAUCCCGCUUAUAAGGGCAAUGACGUUUGAUAGGUCUCUGAAAUCUCAAAAGUUAGAAGUGUUUGUUGUUUUUUUUGUACUAUUGCACAACGAACAAGAACAUAGAAAGCAAACAAAGAUUACCUUUGUAUUUGUUCAUUUUCUUUUAAAUCAUGAAACGUGCUUAUGUCAAGAUAAAAGUCUAAGUGGAAAAACAUAGCGUGUUUGUCGUCUUACUGCGAUUCGGUGUAACGCAACACAUUUGACCGUUUUUAUCCUUUUUCCUUUGUUUUUCAGGGUGCGUUCAUAUUUAGUGACUGGUGGCUAUCUCAGUGGUACGAAAGUUGAUUACUAUACUAUACAUCCUGCUUAGAGGACAUACUAGUUAUGCAAUGCUUUCGAGUGGUACGCCGUGAAAUAUCCCACGUAUACAGAGAAAAAUCAGCUCACGAGUGGGAUAUUUAUGUUAAAAGUGGGAUAUUUACGAAAAAGCAUUGCAUAACUAACUUAUCUCUUGCCGCUCAACAUGACGACUGAAAAUAAAAAAAACUCUACAUCACAAGUAUACCCGAAGAAAGUCACAUUUAAUACUCCAUGUCUGUCAACAACAAUGUCCAAAUGAUCGACAGCUUGUCAAUGAACAAAUUGCGUAUUCACGACUGUCUACUUUUGAGUUAGGCGUGUUGUUUGGAAGUGCAGGUGUGUGGAUCCAUUUCCGUCUUAGCAACACUGGUUAGCUGGUUUGUUUUUGUUGCUCUCGGUUAGCAAAUUCCUUAACUUCUUUGUCUGUUAUAGUCUGUUUAUUUUCUUUUAAUAUUACCUUUUUAACUUUGAAUGCUAAGAAAUACGAAUGGUGGUUAAAAGUCGAGUUUUAUGGUGCUGUAAUGUUUAGGAACCUGUUACUGAAAAUUUUGCGAAGAGUGAAAAGUUUUGCCAUGCGCCACCUGCUCUAUUUGGGGGGCGGGGAGAGGAGGGGGGGGGAUGUAGAGGCCGCGAGCAUCGCUGGGCUCUUUUCGUUGCAAACCGCAGAAUAUGCAACGAGUUUCUCGCUUUCUGAUCGGCUGUAUUCUCUAUGGCAUGGGAUAAAAGGAGUGUAAGGAGUAAGUUCACCCUUUUCCUGUGAUGUUUUUUAUUAGUUGGGGAUUUCACCUCUGAUGAUCAGGGUUCUAGUGAAAGAAAUUGUACGGACGUAGUUUAUAAAUGGAUCACCCAACCUGCACAUCUCUUAUGUGUUCGUUUUGCCGUGGAAAAUUAUAUUAACAAAUAUCCUCUGUUUAACAAAGCAAAAGCGAUUAGCCGUUCGACUUAACUGGUAACCCUGGAAACGCUUGCGGGACUGAAAUAUUAAAAUCCGUCCCUUGCGCUUUUUAGGUCCAGCCAUCAAAGUGAAGACACUUUUCUGUACAAGUCUGUGCAUACAGCCCUGUCAUCUAACAGAAAGUUGCAAAAUAGAGUGCAUGUCAUCAUCUAUGGUGGUCUCGUGGCUGUUACAAUAAUUCUGUCGUUAAUACGAGCAUUCGUUUUCUUCAAUAUCACUGUUAAUUCAUCCAAAGCCCUUCACCGUCAAUUAUUUGAUGCUGUGAUCCGAGCACCUCUUUACUUUUUUGACACAAAUCCACCAGGUAUGAUAAAUACGUUUUGUUGACUUUGUGUGAAAAUCUAUAUUUGGUCCAUUUGAGUUUACUAUGCUGCUUAAUGCAAUAGUGAAUCCUUACUAUGCAGUCAAAAACUGCUGGGUGGUAACAUUUUUGUCAAAAUAAAUGAGUCAGAUGAGUUACACCACGGACAUGACUAAAUUUUUUUUCGACUUAGGGAUAUGUCGUGAGCGCUGUUUAAGCCUCCUGGAAGCGUUAGUUUCCUUUAAGGUGACUCGACCCAGUUUUUUUUGGGGGGGUACCAUCCUACUUUGAAGCUCUCUGGCAUCCCCACCUUUACUUUUAUCGUAAGGCUAACACAUAGAAUGGAUAACAUAUAGAUCAAUCUACAAUAUAACAUAAAAUUUUUGGCGAUCGGAGUAAAUGUCACGUGGUUAUAAUGCCACGCCCCUUUGAGGUCUGAGUCGAAAAUCUGCUGUUGUCGGCAUUUUUUCGUGAAAAUCUCUCGGCUACACAUAGUGCGCAUUAGUGCCUUGCGCUGAACAGAGUUUCACCAAAAUCGUCAUCGAAAAACUGUGACAUUACCUUCUAUAAGCCCAAACUUGAGUAAACAUUGAAGAUUUUCAGCGUUUUGGCUGAGUUUGUGCUUUGGGAGUUGUCUAUUGUUUCUAGUCUGUCAUGAUACAGCAUUCUUGUUCAGCACGCGUGCUAUGACCGCGCUUGGCUGACUUCCGAUUGCUCACCGAGAUAUGAUAAUUUUGAUACAGUGAGACAGGCCAUCGCGUGAUACAUAGAGGUUUAACUCGCAACUUUUAAUCAAUUCUCGUGCUUCUUGUGCCUUUGCGAAAAAAUCAAGAAGUGCUACACACUAAAUCUACUUACUAUUAAAAAAGUAUCAUUUUUUCAUAGGUUUAAUGCAAGCCAAUAAUUAAACCAACUCGUGACGGGAAUCCCUUCUAUUUUCUUAUACUAAAUUAUCAUAUCUCGAUGAGCAUUCGGAAGUCAGCCAAGCGUGGUCAUUGCACUCGUGCUGAACAAGAAUGCUGUAUCAUGACAGACUAGAAACAAUAGACAACUCCCAAAGCACAAACUCAGCCAAAACGUUAAAAAUCUUCAAUGUUUACUCAAGUUUGGACAUAUAGAAGGUAAUGUCACAGUUUUUCAAUGACCAUGAAAUUCAGAGUCCGGGUAGUUAGUUAAUCAAUUGUGGCCCUGAAAAAAUUUGAAAGAAAAAAAAGUACGAAUUUUUAAGAAAAUGCUUUUUUCGUGAGAAAGACUCUUAAACGCUGACAAACGUUAACAAAUAGCGAAAACUAUAAUUUCUAUAUGUUUGCUUUGGUCGAAAUCGCGGGUAUUUAGAAGCCCUAAAUUGUUUUGCUGACUUGCAAGGACCCAUCUGUUAUAACGAUGCCCAAAAUACAGAGAUGAAUCUUAUAGUUUAUUAGAUAUAAUCCGUGUAAAGUUUGCUUAUCAUUUUCGCAUCAAUUAUGACCUAAAUUUGGAAACCGCUGAAUUUCUCGAAUUGGGUCUUUGCGAUUUUGGUGAAACUCUGUUCAGCGCAAGGCACUAAUGCGUACUAUGUGUAGCCGAGAGAUUUUUACGAAAAAAUGCCAACAACAGCAGAUUUUCGACUCAGACCUCAAAGGGGCGUGGCAUUAUAACCACGUGACAUUUACUCCGAUCGCCAAAAAUUUUAUGUUAUAUUGUAGAUUGAUCUAUAUGUUAUCCAUUCUAUGUGUUAGACUUACGAUAAAAGUAAAGGUGGGGAUGCCAGAGAGCUUCAAAGUAGGAUGGUACCCCCCCAAAAAAAAACUGGGUCGAGUCACCUUGAGAAGCGGGGCUUUCAGUUUCGUAGUUACUGCAGCGAAUUCUCGUUGAUGUUUAUGCUUUUUUGAUAUAACUUUACUCUAACUACUAACUAGAGAGACCAAGGCUAUAAGAAUUUACUUACUUGUUAUUAUAUGAGUAACGGCUGUUUCUGUGGCUUUGUGGAGAGAGAGGGUAAGCGGAGAGGCUUUGUAUCAACUUACAAAUGGGAAGGAUUUUCGUAAGAAUAUUAAAUGCUCUACAUAUGGAAAGUUUUAAAAGAUAGGCUAAAACACUUUUCCAAUAAGUAACAUAUUUUCUGUAAUUUAAUCCCUAUUAACCUCUAUAGCUAACCCUUUUGCUGCUUCUUUUGUAUUGUUUUUGGAUCCACCAUUUUCAGGUAGAAUUCAUAGUCACUUUUCUAGUGAUACUGCUUACAUGGACAUUCGUAUUCCAGAGACAUUGUUUGAUUUUCUUCAGGUAUAACCCCUUCCUCUCUUGUUUUUAUAAUAUAUAUUAGUAUAUACUAAAACAGUGGAUACUGUUUUUUGCGCGCUCUGAUUGGCUACUCAAACUCUGGCUACCCAGUGCUAUUCACUGAUUCACCUCCAGCUCCUCCGAACGAGCGACGUCAAACUUGCUGCACUAGCAAACGAAGAAAUUUCAAAAAUAAUCAAACAAGCUGUUCCCGAAAUACACGAAGAAGGUGACGAAAUUCGGUUUGGAAGUUUUAAUAGGCAAAGCUUUGUCUGUUUGACUUGAAUUUAUUAAUGAAACCGGUAAAAAAAUUAUUUUGUUUACAAAUACAAAUUGAGACUUGCGUUAGUUAAUUUAGUAAUUUAUUCUCACCGCAUUUGUAUUGUAGCCGAUCACGUUAAACUAAGUUAUGGGAGAAAUCUGCGACGGCCUAGGCAAAAGAUAUGUGGCAAGGCUGCGGUGAGAAGUGGUCUCCGCCACCAGGGGAGGUGGGAAGGGCGCAAAGUGUACCCCAAGAGACAUUCCCGUCAAACUGUGAGAUUUCAUGCGACGCAGCUGGAUUUUAUGCCGUAGGGUCCGCGAAGGAUCAUACCCGAUGCUACCAAGAUAGACCCCUGGAGAUUUGAAGAAUUUUUAAAACGUGUUGCUGUGUGGCGCUCAUUAUAUAUGCAGUGAGAAUAGCUGACAUGUUUAUGAAUAAGCGUAAAACUAAAUAGACCGUUUCUAUUAGUUGAUCACGUGAUCAACUUUCGGUAAACACGAAAACAGUUCGCUUUUGAAAAAUUUUGCUAGCAUGAGCUUAGCCUGCGUAGCAAGCGUUUCCGUUUGGUUUCGGAGCAAAGAAAGACCUCGGUUUUGGCCGCGCGAGAAAUGAAACAAGAGCCAAAAAAUGAAAGUGGGGGAAGGGGGAGGGGAAAGAAGGAAAAGCUUGCAGACAAACCCCUCGAUUUUGAAAACCUUUUACUUACGCCAUUUUUCGCGCGGUGUUUGACUCUCGUUCCUCGUUCUUUGCUCCUAAACCGCACGGAAACGAUUGCUACGCAGGCUAGCAUGAGCUCAAAGAGCGUUCGCCUGGCUUGGCUCAUAAAUCGCCUGUUAUGCUGGCUAAACUAAAGUAAAUACGUAGUUUUUUUUACAGAGUGGUUUCAAAUACCAAAAAAUUCGCAACUCCUUUUGCAGAAAUUUCCCCGCAAGAGCGAAACAAAUGCCUUCAAAAUUUUUAUUUGUCGGCAAACAAACGCGACGGUCGUUUGGUGAUUUGCGUGCCAAAAUUGUAAUAGUUGGCAGCAGUAAAUGAGUUAAAAAUCAUCACUUUUGUGCUCAAUUAUCUCACUGUUUUAGUUAUAAUAAAACAGUUAUUCACCUCAGUGUCGUGGGCUAGUGAAUAAUUGUUAUAUAUAUUUAAAGGGUUUCGUUAAUCAGUCUUUUAUCGUUUUUGUCGCGAUUGUUGCUUGGAUAUUAAUCACUACGUUUCAAACGCGUACUGUAUGCAUCAGGUGAUAGUGUCGAUUUACUGAGUAGGACUAUUUGUACCACCAUGGUUGUUACCGAUUCAUGGUGUAUCACUAACCUCGCUCAUACAUGGUUGGUGGGUUUCGCUCCAACGCGUUGUUGGAAUUAUUAGAGAAGGGAAUAAUUCCCUCAGCUGUCCGUAGUGGUGGCGAUCGGCCUCUGUGUUGUCUGAUCGUAGGCGUCCACGCUUCACGAAUCUCAAUCCCACUGUGUCUGUCGAUGUUGUUAGGGUAAAGUCUGAAGUGAAUAACCCCUUUAACUCCGCGAGACUACCAGUGAGGGUCUCGGUCAAUAAACUUGACCUCGCCGCAAAGCGGAUAAUGCCCGGUCUUGUUGGCGUAUUCAGUGUGCGGUCGAAACUUCGCGAUCAAUAUCUUAAGUGAGGAACGUCAGGGGAGUCUUUCACUGUUUCAAAACGAAGCACCGGUUAUUUUUUUUAAAGGCUGCGCGAGGGGAGCACGCGAAGGGGAGAGGACUGAGGAGCCUGCAGCGAAGGCCCUAGUUUUCCGUUUUCUCCGUUCUCUGGCGGUGCGUAGAAUGAUAUUAGCCAAGAACGCCUCUUGGGGGUUAGUCUGUCACCUCAAUGCAUUAUUUGUCAGUCAAUCGAAAUUGAAGUCUUUUUGUAUAACACAAACUAACACACGUGCGCAUGAUAAACGGAGGAGGAACUGUUUGAAUCGUGCUCGCAAGAAGUUAUUUAAAGAGCCUAGCUCAAACAGAUUUUCGAUUUCGGUUUUCAUUUUUGACAAGCAUUGUGCCGCCUUUUUGUGGUAAAGAUCUCUUGGCAGUGUUACCAACUGGGGUCGGAGAAAGUGUAAUUUUCAGUGGAAGACCGGAACCGUCUUUGCAAACAUUGUCGUUAUUUCCCCUUUGCAAAGGAUAAUAUCAUGAGUAAGCAGACGAGGUACCUUCUACGGGAAUGUCAGCCUGCGACGUGAAAGAAAAACUGGACCGUUUAAAAGAAAUACAGCAGAGAAAGUAUAGCAUCGUACGCAUCAGCUGAAGCGGCGAUGGACAGAAGACUUACGAAUUUCGUUAUUAAAAUCCCUGUCAUCGAUUAACUCGAAUAUUGCAGCGUCUUUGGUUGACCUAGCCUCCCCGCAGACGUCCUUUGGGGUUCGUUUGUCACGCAUUCAUUUCUCCCCCCCGUGGGGGAGAAAUGAAUGCGUGACAAACGAACCCCAAAGGACGUCUGCGGGGAGGCUAUGGUUGACCAAAACCUGGGCGGGACUUGGAUAAGCCUGUUUGUCGUGUUUGCUCCGAAUUUAAAGUUACAUCAUUUGCUCUACGCAGAUAUAAAAAUACACAAGAUCAUUUUUCUCUUUGGGUCUUAUGUCGGUUUAGACUACGAGAAGUCCCCCAUUUUUCCUCAGGGAUAGUAGAGCGAGCAAAACGCGAGCGCGCGUGAAAAUCAACCCACGCGAGGAAAGGCGACACGCCGCGUGUCGCCUAUUCUCGCGUGGGUUGAUUUUCACGCGCGCUCGCGUUUCAUUCGCUCUACUAUCCCUGAGGAAAAAUGGGGGACUACUCGUAGUCUAAUGUUGGUUUUAUGUCGUUAGAUUAUCUGCUUUCAAUCAAUUUUUUGUCAGUUGAUGCAGCGCUGUCACGUUAUUAAUUUGGGGGCGUAAAAGGAAAACCAGGGUCUCCCCUGCAGGCGUCUCCUCUUCUUUUCUCCCGUAAGGCGUCCUCGAUCGAGACUUCUUCCUUCGCCCUAAAAAACAAACCGGCGUCCAUCUUGGUGCUUCGCGCCAGAACAGGACAGUAACUUUGCAACCGGAUGUGACCUCAUAAAUAGGGGGAUCAUAGGUAUACCAAAAAAGUACCUGGAGCUGUUGGAGUAUCUUUCCCCCCUUGUCGUGGUCUCAUGUAAACGUCGGUGAAGAGGCACUGUGCAAGAAACGGAUCCCAUGCUCUAACCUUUAUUGACCCAUAACAUUGUAAAUCCUUCAUUUUGUUUUGUUAUUGGUCCGUUUUACUCAGUGCUGUGUUCUACUCAUAGGCGUGCGGGCCGGGGGGGCGAGGGGGGCUGCAGCCCCCCCCAAAUUUUAGGCAACUCAGAUUUUUUGGGCAGCGAGAGAAAAUUUGGGCAAAGCCAGUUUUUAAAGACGUCUCCAUGUUUAUUUAAUUAUUUUAAAGACCUGAAUAUUAACCUGAAGUCGGCGUAAUAAUCCAGUUACAUUACAGUGGUUGCCUAGCAUGUGAUGAGUAAUUUACAUGUUUGCAGUUUUUUUGGUUGGGCACUAUACUGCACUGCACUAGCUGGAAUGGGCUAUUUCCAGUCGUGAAUUGAUUAAAAUAAACUUUCGCAUAACUUUCUAGAAUCAUCUCCACUCGAAGAACAGAGUAUGACAGAUAGCAUUUAGCAAUUGGUAUGAAAAUGAAGAAGUGGCUCACUACUGAAUUCCCAGUUUGAAUUAGUAUAGCGAGAAGAAUCUUUAUUCUUUUAAAAAAUCUAUCGAGCGGUUUAAAAUUAUUCGCUAAUUUGUUAAAGUAGACCGAAAUGUUUACAAAACCGCUAACAAGAGUGUCUCGAUACAUACUAAUCAAAUCCAUCUUUCGAUUCUAGCAAUCAGGCAGAGCUAUCUCCACGAUCUUUCACACAUGUUUUUAAAAAGAUUAAAACUACUAUGAGGUAAAAUUGCAGGUCAAAAGCCGCGAGUUCGUUUUCUACAGAUAACGGCCAAAAAUCAAGAUUUUCCCUUUCUUACCGUAUUUCUAAUAAUAAAAACUUCAUUCCAAAAUAUCUCGAUAACGCUCUUAAGGUUUUGCUUAAACUUCAUGAACAUCGAGACGACCGUAUUGGAGAAAAAAGCUCCUAUGAACAAUUUUGUAAGGUUCCUGUGCCGGGAAUCAUUUCUGAAGUAUAAUAGGCAAUGGGGGGGAAGUCAUUUCGUUGCUAUGACAACUCCGAUGUCAUUGCAACCCUGAUGAUGACAAAUUUUCAUCUUUAUACUACUAUAUGAGAAAUUUCUGUAAUUUGAUUGGCUUAGAGCAGUGGUAUUUCAGCUUAAUUUGAAAUACCUACAUGUGAAAAGUACAAACCUUUUGCGGGUAGUACUAUAAACAAAUAAUAGCAUGAUUUGUACGUGAUAUUUGGCAUAAAUACCACUCGUGAUAUUUCAAAAUUGUCUCAAAUUACGUAAAGCAAUUUCGAAAUUUCACUCGUGGUAUUUAUUCCAAAUAUCGUUACUAAUCAUGCUAUUACCUAUACUAAUACAACUGUGGUCGCAAUUUUUCCAAAUGUUUGUUUAUGGCGACGUAGUUUAUGCUCAGACUUGGUAUUGACCCUGAAAAACCGUAUCGAGCCACCUUUCAUAUGCCAGGACGGCCUAUGUUGUUGCAAUAUGGCCCUCAUUUCUUUUCGACUCUUUCGUAAAAAUUUGGGCAACUUGCGAGAUUUUUUUGGGCAAAUGGGUUACCGCCCCCCUGGCAAAAAAAUUCCCGUACGCCUAUGGUUCUACUGGAUUGAUUUGCGAUAGUCAUCAACAGAACCACCAACAGAACCACCGGUUUUUGACUCGAGACCGCGGCAAUGGCUAAUCUGGGUUUUACAUAAUAAAUCACAUCAUAGACGAUUCUUUCCCUUUUUUUAGCUGGCACUGUUAGCGGCGGCUGUUGUGGUCGUCAAUUUGAUAGCUAUGCCAUUCAUGUCAAUUGGGCUGCUACCUUUGGUUGUCAUAUUCUACUGUCUCAGAAACUACUACCUCAAGACUAGCAGCGAAAUUAAACGCCUAGAAACCUCAGGUAACUACGACUCUAUUCUUUUACAGCACAGUGUGAGAUCUUCAAGGCCCUGUCCAUUAAGUAUCAACGAUUUUGACUCCGCAAACAUUUUGUUGUGGAUUAACCACACUUCGCCGUAUUUGAAUAGCCCGUGUACAGGCGCCCGCCCCCUCCCCUGAGAAAAAGUAGGAGAAGGGGCCCUUCCCUGAUUUUUUCUAAGGGAAGGGGGGUGGGCUGUACACAGGCUACAUUUGAAUCGUUUUCGCCUGUCCACACAUAUCUGUUUCUAGUUGAAAGCGGAGAGUUUUUUUACAUCGAUAGGCCUAAGAUGAUCCCUGUCUCCCUCUAGAGUCAUUGUUUAGCGGAUAACAACCCUCCUACCUACUGAUGACCAAAUUUGGAAAAGUUUUGUGUUUAACGAGGAAAUGACGUCAAAAAUGCAGCGUUUUCGCAGGUUAAGGCACAGUUAACCGAGAAGACCUGGGGACGAGGUUGAGUUGUUUUGGUUGUGAACUUGAAAAAUGGCGGACGCGGACAUUUCACUCGUUUCAAGAGUAAGAACUAGGCGAAACAAUAGCUAAAAACAUGACAAGAACAGCAAGAUAAGACAACUCGAAGGCCGACAUCUGCUAUUUGGAGAAUAUUUGAGGAGCUGGACAAACCUGAACGUGCACUAUCGAAGAUGAACUUAACAUCGAUGCAGGUAAGCAUGUUUUAGCCAUGUUUUUAAACUAGGAAUUAUUUUGAAUGAAUAUUAAAACAAUUAUUGAAUUCGGCUUUCCUAUCAUAUGACGAAUUAUGGAGAUCUCGGAGGGUGUUAUCCGCCUCGGCCGUACACCCUCCUCGAUCUCCAUAAUUCUUCAUAAGAUACUCAGCCUCACUCAUUAAUUGUUAAAUAUCCUAUAUGAAAGCUGAGUUCAAUAUUUAUUUGUCUGGCUAGGGAUCAGAUCCUGGGACUGACUGACCUACUGCCUGACUAUAUUUAAAUAGUGACAUUUGAUCUGAGAGUAAUGAAACUGAUAAUCUAAUGGCCUUCCCGAACGACAUUAAGGGGGGAGGGAUACACUAUAUACACAGAUGUAUACAGUCUGCCAAAAAAAUAUACAUCAGAGGUCAUCAGAUCGAAAUCCCUACAUUACAUUUACCGUGCAUCGUCUUCCUUUUUUUUUUUUUGUUGGCGGGGUGGGGGGGGGGGAGAUUUUUAUCCUGGCUCGGCCUUAACCGCUUGCAUUUGCUUACCUGAGAAAGCCAACAGAAAUAGUGACAGUUUGCCUCUUUGAUACUAGUAACUUAGACAUUCACUAAACUGACGAUUGUGUUGUUGACUGAUUUUUUUUCAGCCCGUAGUCCAAUCCUAUCACAAUUGAAUACAACACUACAAGGUCUGACCUCAAUCCGCGCACAUUCUUUACAGCAGCUUAUGAUACACGAGUUUGACAUUUGCCAAGAUCAUCACACGCAAACUUGGUUCUUGUUUAUCGCGGCAUCACGGUGGUUUGCGUAUCGUUUGGAUUUCCUGUGUACAAUAUUUGUCUUCAUGGCGUCAUUUACACCUCUUUUCAUAGCUGAGAGAGGAGGUAAUGUCAUAUUUCGUCCAAGACGUCGUUUGUUAAGUAUUAUUACUCAGUAAUGCCGCGUUUAAAAGUUGUACUUGAGAUGUCGAAUGGAUGGAACAUCGUGUAAAAGACAGGUGAAAGGUCCUUAUGCGCCCUGAAGUGUGCGCGAAACGUGAAGUAAAUCUAUUUGGUUUUGUUUUGAUCAUAGUUUGUACUAUUUGUUUUGUAUGUAGAAAUGGAGGCGGGGAUGGUUGGCCUGUGUGUGACGUAUGCUCUCCUGCUGACUGGGAUGUUUCAGUGGUGUGUCAGGCAAAGUGGCGAGGUCGGAAAUCAGGUGAAGUAAAUAGCCCCUUAACAGUCUCUAAAACGUCUUUUUGGAGCGUGGUUUAGGAUUCAACCCAAAUAUAUUAUACAGUGGUACUUUCACGUGGUCAUACGUUUUUAUGCGUGUUUGAUAUGUCACCUUCAGUAUUGUUGAAAGAUAGGUGCGCAUAUGGUCUCUGCUAAUAACUGUCUUUAUUUAGUGUUAAUUUUAAUUUACCUUUUAGAUGACGGCAGUGGAAAGAAUAUUGGAUUUGUGUCAGUUGGAAUCAGAGGGCGAAUGUGAUAGGGAGGUUGCUGCUUCGGGUUUCUUGCCUGAGCUGGGCCUUAUAACUGCAGAGGGCGUUUCUUUCAAGUAUCAUCCUACUCUGCCACGUGUGCUUAGAAACUUAAAUUUCUGUAUCAGACCGAAAGAAAAGGUACGUUAAAGUAAACAGUAAAGGAUAAAAUUAAGUGAUUAGGCCCUGAGCGUGUAUAGAUUGCAAAACUAUAUUUAACAAGAACGCUCUUACAGGGAAGGUAAGUCUCGCUUGCUUAGAGAUAAGAUCGAGAAAUGAAGAGGCGAUUAAUUCUACACGAAACAGGAUUUACUUGCUAAAAGUUUUUCACUUCCUACUUUAUUGACGGUCGAGGAUAUUCGAGAUAUUACUUUGUAUUUAUUUUUGAACUGAUUUAGUACGCGUGCUAGCGACGACCGGAAAUGCGUCUGUGGUCACAGGCUAUACGCGUGUGUAAGUACACGAAAAUUCAGAGAUCAAAAAAGUAGUUUAUAUGGCACGUCAUUUCAAUUAUCGCCGAAAAUAAACGGCAUGCUCAUCACCAGAUCAUUUGCAUACAAUGACAGUUUACAAAACCCGGCCAUCGCAGCUUUGCUAAUUAAGAUUCUUUUUUCAACCACUAUAGUGUUCACUUGUUCCAGAGUAAUCAACGCUUUCAAGCGAUAGAAUUGUUGGACCGACCUGUUCUGGAAAAGCUCCAAAUUUAAUCUUUCCCAAGCUGCCUUCGCAAAACAUGCGUGCGUUCUGUCACGCAACGAUUCUUAUUCCCAGUUUCCACGGUCUCCGCUAGGAACGUUUGGGGGCAUGAUACUCUUUUUGUGUCCUAAAUACGAAGAAAAACGGCUUGCAGAUUAUGAGUCUCGCUGCUUAUGCAAGCGAGACUAAAUAUAAAUCUAGUGCGGACGAAUUGAGGCCCAGGGUGUACAUGACCUCAAUUUUUUCAUGCGAGCAGCACAGAUUCCAGAAGAAUAAAAAACUACCACCACAUCUGUAUGAGAUAAAUAUGAAAAUUUGUUAUGAUCAGGGUUGCAAAGCAGUGGGGAAGGGACCGAAUCAUCCGUUUCUUUGUGGAUUUAAUUAACUUUUUGAGUGGCAUAAAUUACGCCAAUGACGCCAUGCACCUCAUUAAGAUAGGAUGAUGUCAUAGUUUAUUUUCAGUUGGCAAGGAGCAAGUGACCCCAGAAUACCCUUGGGUUGACGUCAUAAAAAAUAUUGAGAUCAUAAUCUAUAAAUAGAAAAGUGAUAUCAUGUCACUAUUUGGUCCUGAUGAUGUCAUAUUUAUUCAGGUAAGAUUUUUAUUUUUACCUGCCACUUUUUUUUUCUGUCGUUCCCAAACACAUAAAAUGGUUUUUGUCUACCAAGCAAAUCAUUCUCGACAUUCGAAAGGGCGGAAAAGGGGGUUGGGCGAAUACCGAAUCGUACUGAUUUUUCGGGCAAAACGUGAAAAUGAGGUCGAAGCGCGGCGAAGCGAAAAACUGCCUGUCAAGCAAAAAUGCCAAUCUUUGCUUACUUGACUCUCUAGAAAGUAUUGUGCAGGGUAUAAAAAUUCUAUAGAAAACAACAGGUGGCUCCAAAGUAAACCCUUACUCUUUUGGCUUUUAAAUAAACUCCAUUCUAGUACCUAAUGAGUGGAACGUCUAUUAAAAAAUAGGAAUAAGAAGUGAGAUUACCUAGCAGCACAUGUCUUCUUAUUUAGCGCUAAAAAUCGGAUAUAUAAAUAAAACAUACACACAUAUAUACACAAAGUGGACCUGAAAACUCUCUAUUUUAAUUUUGACUGACUAUUGCAAAAGUGUUUUCUCCUUUCUAAUUCGAGGAAACGACUAACUAUCAGCGUUUGGUGAGUUUAUUGUCAUGUCAAUUCACGAGCCUUUAGUCAGUUAAUUAUGCUAGUUAACAAGCCGACAUUUGCAUACAAAUUGGCUCAGCUCUGCAGUAAAUACCUCAAGGGAGCACCUUGACGUAUUAUUAUAAAAAACACAAAACAGUAAAACACUUAACAAGGAUCAAUUAAAACGCGCGACUAAUAAAUACUCGCAAUAAAACCAGAUACGUUUCUUAAGACACAAGAAAUGAACUUUAUGGCGCCUUAAUAUUUGCAAUCGACACUGGGGACUAUUGUUCCAAAAUAGAUAACGAGAGCUUUUACCUCCAAUAGCCGUCGCGAUGUUCGUGAAGUUUAAGCGAAAUCUAUAAGAGCGUGUAGAGAUAUUUUUGGGUGAAGUUUCUUUGGUUAGAAAUACGGCAAAAACUGGACAAUCUUGAUGUUCGGCCGUUAUCUGUAGACAACGAAGCGCUAUUGAAAUGCAAUUUCACCUAAUAGUAGUUUCAAUCUUUUCAAAAAACGUGUGUCAAAGGUCAUGGACAUAGCUCCAGCCAAUUGCAAGAAAGUAGGAUUUGAUUAGUAUGUAUCGAGUCGCACUUGUUAGCGGUUUUGUAAACAUUGUGGUCUACUUUAACAAAUAAACGAGUAAUUUUUAAGCCGCUCGAUAGAUAUUUUUUAACAAUUUGAGAUUCUCGAGAUUAACGGGUAGUAUAAUAAGGGCUACAAUAGAGCCUUUUCACUCACGUAGCCAGCAUCUAUGCUAAUUUAUUGGAACAAAAGAAAGUUUUCACAUAACCAAAGAGUUCAAUUUCCACAGGGUUGUCUUGCUACACCAACAUGGCCGCCGUUUCAUUGUUUUGGAACACCAAUAUGGCCGCCGUGAUGUCAUGUGAAAACGUUAUAUUCGGAGAUUUUUUGUCGGAAGUUUCGUGUUUAAAAGUGAGUCUCAUUAUUCAGGGGGGUAUUGUUCAGCGAUUGUUUCCAAGUUUAAUUUUCACGUGAACAGAAGUAACUUACAAUGUAUUUGAAAUAUGCAGAAAUGUUAGCUAUUGUUGUCCACGAAAAUAUGAAACUUGGAGACAAUACCGUGAAUAAUUUAUUCAAACGUAUGUGCUAAAGUACACCAAAAUGUUUACAAAACCGCUAACAAGAGCGUCUCUAUACAUGCUAUUCAAAUCCUUCUGUCUAGCAAUCGACAAGAGGUGUCUUCGUGAUUUUUCACACACGUUUUUGAAAACAUUGAAACUUCUGUUAUGUGAAAUUGCAUUUCAAAGGCACUUCGUUUUCUACAGAUAACGGCCUGAAUAUCAAAAUGCGAACAUGUUUUUACCGUAUUUCCAACCAUAAAUCUUCAUCCCAAAAUAUCUCAAUAACUCUCUUAUAGAUUUCGCUUAAACUUCACGAACAUCGAGUCGGCUAUUGGAGGAAAAAGCUCCCGUGAACAAUUUUGGAAGAACAGUUCCCAGUGCCGAGAAAUAUGGCUGCAAGUGAAAUGUAAUUUCGUUGCUAUGACAACUCCGAUGUCGUUGCAACCCUAUUCAUAACAAAUUUUCAUCUCAGUCUAAUACAACUGUGGUGGUAGUUUUUCCAAAUCUUUGUCAAUGGCGACGUAGUUUAUGCUCAAACUUGGGAGGCGUUGACCCUGAAAAACCGUAUCGAGCCAACUUAAACAAUACCAACAUCUCUGUGCAAUUUUUUCCUGCGGACGUGCUGCGGUAUAUCCCUUCAGUAGGAAACCCCAGAAGAUUAUAUCGUUCUUCUCUUUGAAGGGAUGCCAGGGGCGGAUUCAAAAAUUUUUAAUAAGGUUAUGAUCGCAGGGUUAAACUUCAAUUGCCGAGUAAUAAUACUCAUCUUUCCUGGAAGUUACUUAUGUUUUCUAGCAAAAUUCAUCACAGGCAAAUUUUAACAAGGCCGUGAACGCAAGCGAAUGUUGUAUAUGGUCCUCUCUUUCUAUGGUAACUAAUAAUUGCAGUUCCCAGGCACUGAUGUAUGCAUUUAGGGGGGUCCUGAACACUCCUCGUGUUUCAGCGCUGGUUUUACUAGUUACUUUAACAUAACGUCUGAGGUAUAACUUGAACAUAGUAUUAGAUACGUUUGUUAUUAACUUUCUUAUAGGUUGGAAUAGUCGGUGAUGCUGGGGCUGGGAAAUCGUCUUUGUUAGCUGCUCUUUUAAGGUUUGCAGAGCCACAUCAGGGUACUAUCAGGAUUGAUGGUGUCGAUAUCACUGAGAUUAGUCUCUAUGACUUGAGGUCCAGACUCUCCUUUAUCCCAGAGGUUUGUUUUGUUGAAAUUUUACUGUAUUUUAGAAUUUCGCAAUUUCUCGCGUUUUUGCCAGUGUGCUCUGAUUCCUUGAAAUAGUGAAUAACAGGCAGGAUAACAGGCAAGCGAAUAAACUUCUAUUUCACUGGAAUUUCUGAAAUUCAGUGAAAUUGAACCUCAUAGAUAAGAGGGAAAAAAUACGCGAUCAUCUGAAUUAUAGAUCUCAUAGAUCUGCAUUGCGAUCUUCAAACUGGCCAGGGUGAUUAAAAUUUGAGGCUUGAUUGCCCAAUACGCGAUAUGGAUAUAAAAUAGUUCCUGGAUUGAGUAGUAAGGAGUUUCAUUGUACUACCUUUAGAAGUUGCACCGCGCCCAGGUGCAAAAGUUUUGAAAUAUUUAGGUGUUCAACUGGAUUUUUUAGGGAGUAUGCCUCCCACUUUUAGCAUUACUUCGUCGGCAUAUUUUAUUGACGUGUGAUUUGCUAUGGCAACCCAUUGACGCCAUUUUGUUUUUUACGUGCCUUUGCAUUUCUUGGUACCAGGAGUUUUAUUCAGAAAUUGCUUAAGGUCGCGGGGGACACCUAGGGCUCAUUGUUAUGUAUUUAUGUAAAGUGCAUGCACGUAGUACAACGACUGAUACAGACAGUUUUACGAGAUAUCCAUAACUGGAUAAAAGAUGAGCGCAUACUUAACAACAACACGCAACAAGUUUGUGUCUACUACUAAAAGAAUUUACAAGAAAUAAUAAUAAAGAACAAUACAGACAGUAGUUGGACACCCAAA